AUAAAGUCAAACUUGACAUUUACCCACGAGGCAACCAGAAGGAAGACGAGAAGCACGUUGCGCUGCUGCCAAGACCACCACCACACCACCUAUCGCGGUUGACGCAGACGGCUCACGAUGAGGAAACUCAGGCAUCAUGAGAAGAAGCUACUGAGGAAGGUGGACUUCUAUGACAAGAAGCUCCGCGCGGGAGAGAUUAUGCGUCGUUACCACAUUCAGAACCGCGAGGACUACACAAAAUACAACCGCUUGGCAGGCAAAAUCACAAAGCUGGUGGCCAUGCUCCGGGAGCUGGAUCCAAACGACAAGAUCCGUCAAGUCACCACAGACCACCUCCUCACCAAGCUGUACGCGAUGGGGGUGCUGACUAACAAGACAACACAGCUGUCGGAUUGUGAGCAGCUGUCGACGUCCCGCUUCUGCGCCCGCCGCCUCCCAGUCGUCAUGGUGCGACUCAAGAUGGCGCAGACAGUCAAGGAGGCCGUCAAGUUGGUUGAACAAGGACAUGUUCGUGUUGGCCCCGAUCCCGUCACAGACCCCGCAUACCUCGUCACCAGGCAACGCGAGGAUCUCGUCACGUGGGUGGACAACUCCAAGAUCCGCCGCCACGUCCUCAAAUACAACGACAAGCUCGAUGACUUUGACCUCCUCUAACUCUGUGUGUGUGUGUGUGUGCGCGCGCGCGUGUGUGUGUGUGUGUGCGCGUGUGUGUUUGUCUGUGUGUCUGCGUGUGUAUGUGCGUGUGAUGUUUCAUUGAUGGGCGUUGCUGUAUUGAGACCCUACUGCCUCUGUCUGUUGGCUGUACCAACACCAACCUUAUGCAUGGAUAGAAGACCAAACAACACCAACGCUACCGACCCUU